CUUCCACUCGUUAGGUAGUCGUGGCUCGGUUGUGACUUAUCUGCCAUGAAGGAACUCAUUUCGCUUUUUCUACUAGAAGUGUUGGUCUUUGCAGCAACGGAAGGUUUCAAAUGCGACUUUGAGAAAGAUGACUGUGGCUUCGUGCAGAUGAAGAACGAUGACUUUGAUUGGUCCAGACGGCGCGGGAGAACUCCAUCCCAAGGGACUGGGCCGAGCUCGGAUCACACGUCAAUGAAAGGUUAUUACAUGUACACCGAGGCAUCAGACCGGAGACGUGGUGAUACAUCUAGGAUGGAGUUGGUAUCUUUGGAUUUUAGCGGCGAUAAAUGCCUCUUCUUCUACUAUCACAUGGUCGGCAGUGGAGUGGGAUCCCUAAAUGUAUACAUUGGGGGCUCAAAAGUGUUCAGCAAAAACGGCCCUCAGGGACUCACCUGGAGGAAGGCACAGAUUUGGGCUCAGCAAAAGGGAACUGCAACGUUGACUUUUGAGGGUGUUAUCGGCAAGUCCUUUCUCUCGGAUAUUGCUGUGGAUGAUAUUUCCGUGGAAGAUUGUACAGGUACACCUGAACCAACCAUAACGUCAAAGCCUCCAGUAACAGAAACAACAACCACGAAACCGGAGACCAAGCCACCAAAGCCACCAGCCCCAUCAACCAUACCGACUCCUCCUACGCCACCAGCACCACCUAGCCCUCCCAUACCAACAGCGCCACCUACCCCUCCCAUGCCAGAAACGCCUCUACCACCAGGUUCCUGUGGAGUACGCCCGCAGACUCGCAUCGUGGGGGGUACCCAGGCUAAGCCAGGAGACUGGCCUUGGCAGGUUCAGCUCAGGAGUAGGGAAGGGUACCCCUACUGUGGGGGGACCCUCAUCCACCCCCAAUGGAUACUCACCGCCACUCACUGCCUCAAGAACAAGCUCCCGCAAGAUAUCGUCAUCAGGUUGGGAGCACAAAGACGCUUGGAGUCGGUGGGAGAAGAACAGGACAUCAAUGUCACACGAAUCAUCAAGCACCCCAGCUAUUCAUCCCCUGUCAGAUACGCUUAUGAUAUUGCAUUACUGAAGCUAAGGAAACCUGCAGAACUGAACAAGUUCAUUAACCUGGUCUGCCUUCCACAUGGAAUGCAAAUUCCUGCUGAGCACACCAAGUGUUGGAUCACCGGUUGGGGUCGAUUAUCGCCUGGAGGCUGGGCUCCGAUCAACCUUCGGCAAGCUUCGGUCCCGAUUGUAAGCCGAGCGCGCUGCGAGGUCACAUACCCGAAGCGUCUUCACGACUCGAUGCUAUGCGCUGGUUACGACCAAGGCGGAAUCGACAGCUGUCAGGGGGAUUCAGGGGGGCCCAUGGUCUGCGAGUCAGGGGGGAGGUUCUUCCUCCAUGGUGUGACUAGCUGGGGGGUGGGCUGCGGGUUUAGAGGAAACUUCGGGGUUUACUCUAAAGUGACACACAGUUUAGGCUGGAUACUUAAGGAAAUGGCAUCACUUUGAGUGGUUUAUUCUUACAAUGAAUCCAGAUCGAUUAUUCAAAUUUGCACUUUUUAAAGCAAUGCCAGUGUCUGGAAUUUAAGGUUGUGCAAAUUACCAAGGUAUAUUAAUAAAUUCAUGUAGACUUAUUGGGGAAUAAUGGCAGGCAGGCAGAAUGAGUUUCACGCACUAUCAAGGACGGGAAUAUUUUUGCAGAAAUCCCAACCUUUUUUUUCGCUAAGGCAGAAACAAGAUGUUUUAAAUAAGCCCUUAAACAUGCUCAUCUUUGCUUAUUAGAGACGCUAAAAAAGCGAACUAGAAGUUUAUAACUCGAGUGUAACUCUAAGCAUAUUAAAGACUGGUAGUACUUUCAAAAA